UUUUAAGUAAUUGCUUCAAAUGAAGUAUUGCUGGGUGCAUGAGCUGCCUGGAAUAAAAAAAGAAUGGCUAUGUGCAUUUAUAUGUACUCAUGACCUGUAGCCACACUGCAUUUUUCUCCAGUGCCUAAGGGUGUCAGAUGAGCUCAUUACAAAAUGAGAAAAGACUGGUUUAACUUGUAUCUAAACCUUAUAGCUUCCUUCGUCCAGCAGCCUGGAUUCCUCCAACAGGGGCAGGCACUUUGAAAGCCUCAUUACUUAACUGCUGAGCAACAAUUAUAUGUCAUAUUUGCUGCUGAGAAUGAACCAGGGGACUGCACUCCAGCUACAUUAGUGCUCGCACUAUAUCAUGUUUUUCCAGGCUUCUGUGUCAUAUUCCGGAGCACCUAUUAGCUUUCAGAUUUAAUUCAUUUAAACAUCACCCUGUUUUUGGAGUCUGUGCCGAGUUUAUAACCUGUGUGUGAUGGCUACAGAUUCCGGAGAGCCCACAAGCACAGAUGAAUCCGACAAACCAGCUGGCUUUACAUUGCAAAAUAAUCUGAUCUCCCAGGAAGGUUCCUUAUCCAAACAGGCAAGCAUGGAGGAGAGCGAUAAACCUUGCUCAUCUGCAGGGACCAGUGAAAAGAAACGUUUCUUCAGAAAAAGUGUAGAUAUUACAGAGGAUGACCAGAUGCUGGAGCCGCCCCUGAAAGAUGAGAAAAGCACAGAUCCUCUAUGCCCGCAGCCAAUGGAGACUAAUGCAACAAAGGCUGCUGGUGUAGCACAGGAGGGGAAAAAUGAUGCUAAAGCUAAUUCAGAGGCCUGUAAAGACUCUCCCAGAGAGAAAAGUGAAAAGGAGAUGGAGGAAGAGGCUGAAAUGAAAGCCGUGGCAACCUCUCCAAGUGGCAGAUUUCUAAAGUUCGACAUUGAAUUGGGCCGUGGGGCCUUUAAGACAGUCUUCAAAGGACUUGAUACAGAAACUUGGGUAGAAGUUGCUUGGUGUGAGCUGCAGGACAGGAAGUUAACCAAAGCAGAGCAGCAACGAUUCAAAGAAGAGGCCGAGAUGUUAAAGGGCCUUCAGCACCCAAAUAUUGUGCGGUUUUAUGAUUCUUGGGAGUCUUCGCUGAAGGGGAAGAAAUGUAUCGUUUUGGUCACAGAGCUUAUGACAUCCGGCACUUUGAAAACGUAUUUGAAAAGAUUUAAGGUAAUGAAGCCGAAGGUAUUACGGAGCUGGUGCCGGCAGAUCUUGAAGGGGCUUCAGUUCCUGCACACCAGGACACCUCCCAUAAUCCACCGUGAUCUGAAAUGCGACAACAUUUUCAUCACUGGUCCCACCGGGUCAGUGAAGAUUGGGGACCUUGGUCUGGCCACCCUGAUGCGGACAUCAUUUGCAAAGAGUGUAAUUGGAACGCCAGAAUUCAUGGCCCCAGAAAUGUAUGAAGAGCAUUACGACGAGUCAGUGGAUGUCUAUGCAUUUGGCAUGUGCAUGCUGGAAAUGGCUACAUCAGAAUACCCAUACUCAGAAUGCCAGAAUGCAGCUCAGAUCUACCGCAAAGUAACCAGCGGAAUCAAACCUGCCAGCUUCAAUAAAGUGUCUGAUCCUGAGGUAAAGGAAAUAAUUGAAAGCUGCAUCCGUCAGAACAAGGCUGAAAGGUUAUCCAUAAAAGAGCUCCUAAAUCAUGCUUUCUUUGCGGAAGACACUGGUUUGCGAGUUGAACUUGCUGAAGAAGAUCAUGGUACAGAAUCCUCGCUGGCCUUGAGGCUUUGGGUGGAAGAUCCUAAAAAGCUGAAAGGAAAACAUAAAGAUAAUGAAGCUAUUGAGUUCAGCUUCUGCUUAGAGAGCGACAACCCUGAUGAGGUGGCAUUUGAGAUGGUGAAAUCUGGAUUUUUCCAUGAAAGCGACAGUAAAGCUGUGUCCAAAUCUAUUCGAGACAGAGUGUGUCUUAUCAAGAAAAAAAGAGAGAGGAGGUUGCUGACAGGUUAUUCUGAGGAUCGGCGCGAUUCACAAAGCAGAAUUGCAGGGGCACCACCUGCACAGGCUGCAGUUUCCAUUCCUGUAGUAUACCAACAAGCAGCUGGACACGAGAGUGAAGAAACUGAGGUCGAUCAGCACGUACGCCAGCAACUACUGCAGCAGCAACAGCUUCAGCAAUGCUCGACAGUCACAGUUCCUGCUGACAGUCAGUUGGAAGCAGGGGCAGGAUCUGUCAUGCAUUUGGAUGCUACAAACCAGCACAGUGCAAUCUUUACUGUGAGCCACGAACAACUGAAUUGCCAGCAAAUUUCUGGGGUGCCUCAGGCAGAAAGCGGUCAUGUGGGGCAAGUCUACCAGUCCCAGCAAGUAGUGGGGCAGUACCAACAAACACAGCAGUGUCUGGAUGCGAAGAUGUCAUUCGCUGCGAAUGGAAAUAAUCUUCCUCAGUGUAACACUUUAGACCCUUCAAUGAUGUCAGUAUUGCAGCCAUCUUUUUCUUCACUGUCCCCUAAAAUUGUACCUGGACAAAUAACAUCACAACAGGCAGGGGCUGGUAUGCAGAUGGAUGCUUGUGGCAUGACUGGAAUACAAAUUGUUACACCUACUGCAACAGACACUCAAGUUCCUGCUCUUGUUCCUGUCUGCCAUACAGCUUUAAUGGGUCAGUACAGCAGCAACAUUCAGAAUGUGCUGCAUCCGUCUCAGAAUGUCCAUGGGGCACCAGCUGGACUUUCGCAAACGCAACAUCCCGGAGCAUCUGUGCAGCAACCAAUAAUUCCUACUGCAGAUACUCUAAAUUAUUCAGCAACACUCCAGCCCAAUAUUCAGAUACCACAUCACACAGAGCAGCUUCAAAGCUCUCAGCAGCCUACUUACCAACCAUCACUGCCUCCACAGCAACUCAUAAUGCAGCCUGCCCUAAUGGAACAACCUCCAAAUCAAAACUAUUCUGAUGCUGUUACAGUUGAAGCUGUUCCACAACAACUGCGUACGGAACACCAAUCGGAGCAGUUGCUAUUCAAUGCACAGACAUCAUAUCUACAUGGUGAGAUGUCAUCAUUUCAACCGACUGGGCAUUUACAGCAAUCCCUCACUGCUAAUGUGCGUGAGCAGUCUUCAUAUACCCAACCUCAAUUACCUCCCCUUGGAGUGCAGCAACUUUCCCGAGAUGUGGAACAAGUGGCCACAACAAUCCUGAACAAUCCUCCAGAACAGCCACUAUAUAUUCAGAUUCCCCCACUGGAAGCAUAUGGACAACAGUCUGUUGUUGCAUCUGAUCAGACUUUAUAUACUCAGAAAGUUAUUCAAUCAGAUCAGCCUUUGUUUGUCGAGAGUACUUCUUACCUGAGUAAUCAGCAUGGUUUUGUGCAACAAACCAUACAAACGUCUGAGCAAUUAAUAUAUACUCAUCCUGCUCUAGCGACUCCUGACCAGAUUUUGUACACCGAAAAACAUGUACCAUCGACAGAGGAGACCGUUUUUGUGCAGCAGGUUGUGUCAUCUGAACAACCAGCAUACACACAGCAGAUUAUAUCUGCUGAGCAGAAAGGCACCACACAGCCAGCCAUGCCUGCAGAACAGCCAGUGUACACCCAACAAGCUGUAACAGCAGAACAGCCAGUGUAUACUCCGCAAAUUAUUCAGUCAGAACAGCCGAUAUAUGCCCAGCAAGGUAUACUUGCUCAGCAGCCAGUGUAUGCUCAACAAGGUGUUCCAACUCAACCAGUGUACAUGCAGCAAGGUAUUCCAGCUCAGCAUCAAGUGUUCACACAACAAAGCAAUCUAGCUGAACCACUAAUAUACACACAAAAGAAUAUUCAAACUGACCAGGCUAUGUACUCACAGCAAGCUGUAGUUAAGACUGAUCAAACCGGAUACGCCCAGCAUACUGAGCAAAGAGUACUUGUUCUUCAAGCAGACCAGACCGUAUAUGCACUGCAAGAACAGCCAAUCCAAGCCCAACAAGGUGUUCACCCAAAAGACCAGUCAUAUUAUGUACAGCAAGCAGUACCUCACAUUCAACAGGCUGCAUCUGUUGAGCAAACGCGAUAUCCGCAGUCUGCUCUGUCUGCUGAGCAGUCAGUAUACUUACAGCAAACUGUAUCUGCUGGGCAGCCAGUAUAUCCCCAUCAGUCUGUACCCACUGAGCAACCACUACAUACACCACCGCAAACUGUACCUGCUGAGCAGAGAGUGUACCCUCGGCAAAUCCUAUCAACAGAGAAACCAAUGUAUACACAGCAAGGUCUAUCAGCUGAGCAUCCAGUGUACACACAUCAAGCAGUAGCACUGGCUGAGCACCCAGUAUACAUACAACAAGUCCUUCAGCCUGCAGAACACUCUGCAUAUGCUUUACAGUCUAUACCACCCUCAGACAGACCUGUAUAUCAACAAGAACCUUCUUUGCUCUCUGACCAUCAUGUGAACAUCCAGCCUACUGUACCAGCACCUACUCAAGUUCUGUACACACAAGAGGCAUUUAUACCUAUGGAAAAGCAGGCAUAUAACCUACAAGCUGACAGCCCAAUAUAUAUUCAACCAGUUGCUGCUGCUUCUCAGCAGGUACCUGAACAACCAGCCCCUGUCGAUCAAUCAGUAUAUACACAGUCGGCUUCACAGAUGUCCUAUCCUCAGCACGUAGUAAAUUCAUCUGAUACACAAAUGUAUGCAAGUAAGACCGUAUCUGCAAGUGCUCAGCCUGUGUAUGUAGUUUCGCCAGCAGAACAGGUGUACAUUCAGCAGACAGGUGCUGUUCCUGACCAAAAACGGUAUGCCAGUCAGACUGUCCUUCUAUCUGAUGCAUCAGUUUUUAGCUCCCAAGCAAUAACACCAGCACAACAUCAUGUUUAUGCACAGCAAGCAGUGACAUCUUUAGAAAAGUCAGUGCAGCACCCCCAGAAUGUGGAAUCUGUUCCUCAGCAGACUUCUAUGAAUGCUUCAGAUGGGCUGUGGUGUGUUCAAAAUUCGCUGCCUCCUUUGGAACAGAGAGCUUACAGUCUGCAUCCUGGAGUGCCAUCAGUCUGUGCUCAGCAGAUUGUUCCCCCUGAACAGCAGGUAAACCCAAAUUUACAGUCUAAUAUUAUACCACCCCAAGAAUACAGGUCAGAGCCGCUCUCUGAGAGUCAGUUGUUUGCAAAACAACAUAUUCAGUCUCCAGGUCCAGUUUCAUCAAUGAUGCAGUCACAAGAGCAUGGGUCAAGUCACCCACCUCCUUCUUUACAGACCGCAGACAAUCAAAGCUAUGUAGCAUCUGUUUAUAAACAAGGACAAAUGUUGCUACAGCCAGAUCUUUUGAACAAACCUUUUCCUGUCCAACACCAAGCCUUAACUCAAGUACCAUUAGGUCAGUCUGAUGUCCAUCCAUCAGAUCAUGAAAACGUUCCCUCUGUCCAAAAAAGCACUGCAUUGCCUUCACAGGAGCCUUUGAACCAGCCAUCACAUGGUCCCAUGCAUAGCUAUGAACCUCAAACAUUUGUGCAGCCACAGUAUAUGCCAGGUAUUGCAGCUCAACAAGCUCAAACUAAUUCAACGUCUCAACAAAUGCAACCUCUCUCAAGUCAAACCCAGUCAACAUGCAUUGAGCAAACAACAUCUCUUACACAUUUGCAGCAACAUCCCCCCGUCCAGGUAGCUGGGACAGAUAAUCCCCAGUCAUGUUCAGGAUCCAUGCCUCAGCAGCUAAUUCCACCUGGAUAUGCUUCACAGCCUGUUUCACAACAGGUGUGGCCUCCUACAACUCCAGUCACUGCAGAAUCCAUGUUACAGCAUCAGGAUGUUUACCAAAGUGCGGUGGCAACACCACAGACUCAGUACACAGAACUGGAGUCAGAGCAGAGUUUGCAGUCUGUAUGCCAAGCAGGGGCACCUGACCAGCAUGUGUUUCAGAAACAAGAUUCUCUUCAAAGCAGUGUUCAUGGUGAGUGUACCAAAGACAGCUCAGUUGCACAGGACAGCACAGCUGGAAAUGGCAAGCAAGAUAAAAUGAAACAACGUCGAGCUUCCUGUCCCCGGCCUGAAAAAAUAGCCAGAUUUAUCCUUACUGUUAUGCAGGUGUCAACCUCUGGAGAUAACAUGGUUGAGUGCCAGCUGGAAACUCAUAACAAUAAGAUGGUGACUUUUAAAUUCGAUGCAGAUGGUGAUGCUCCUGAAGAUAUUGUCCAUUAUAUGGUGGAAGAUGACUUUGUGCUGGAAGCGGAGAAAGAGAAGUUUGUCGAGGAGCUUGGGAAUAUAGUUACACAGGCCCAGGAUAUACUGCGCAGCAUACCUCCUGAGGAGAGAAUGGAGUCUGUACAGCCAGAGUCUAACAGUCAGACUGGAUCUUCAGAUCAUGCGCAGAUGGGAGUGCCAGCAUCCCAACAAACAGGGGGUGAAUCAGUGCCACAAUCCUCCCCAGUUGGGCGCUGGAGGUUUUUCAUUAAUCAGACCAUAAAGAACCGGGAAUCUCAGUCCUCGUAUGUUUCAGAGUCUGCAGUGGUCAAGGUUCCUCAUCAAACCCAACUAGAUCAUGAACAAGAGAGCCAAAGUCUCCCUAAGGAUACUUCAGCAGACAGCUGUUCUCUUAAAUCUGAGCAUACAGCGCCGACUGUUCUUCUUCGGCCAACAGAUGGCCAGGGUUUCCCAGCCGAGCCUGAGCCUUUGGCCCUCCCUGCUUUUGAGGCAGUUGGAAGUGAAAUGUUAUCAUCUCCAUUGAAUUGUACUGCCUCAACAGCAGGGCAAAUGCAGUCAGAAUCUAAGAACUGUGGUGGUAAUAUACUUGUACUGGCAGAGAGCCAGCAGCCAGACAUACCCUCGUCUGUUGCUCAGGAAGCCCAAGGAGCUAAUAGCCUGGUUUACACAACUGAGACCACUACUGGCCCCUUAACUGAACAAAGCACUACAGUCUUGUCACUUGGCCUAUCGAUGUCAGAUCCUCUCCAGCCAGUAGAUACAACUGGGUUGUCUCAGACUCCCAUUUCAGAAGCUUCCUUAGUGCACUCUUCAUCAGUGCAAGAGUCUGACACUGAAGGACCACCCAAAAUAGACUAUGCAGAUAAUCACAUCAAAACGUUGGAUGAAAAAUUAAGAACUUUGUUAUAUCAGGACAGCUCUGCCAGCUCUUAUGCUGACAGCCUAAAAGAGACCCAGAGUACAGAAUCUCCCUUAUCAUCAUCUGCUGAGGAUACUCUCUCUUGCCCUGUCCCUGAAGCCCUAGACGCAAAUACCACCGGUGUGCAGGCCACUCCAGAGGAAGCGGAAGAUAAUGACCCUCCUGUGUCAAGAGAUCCUGGAGCAGUCUUCACAGUUCCCGGUGAACUAACCCCAUCUGAGAGUUCCGAAGAUGCCUGGGUACCUGGAAGUUCCUCCCAUACUUGUCCCAAGCGCUCUAUGGGUACUGGAGCCACGCAUCUGCAAUCAGGAGUUGAAGAGGAGGGAGCGAGACUGGACAUAUCUGAUGCCACGCAGAGGGUCGUUGAAGCGUUUGCUGAAUGUGCCUUGUCAGAAGGGUCGCCAUCUAUAACCGGUGCCUUCAAACGUGGCCGUUUCCAGGUUGUUUCUGUUCCACAACAAGAGCAGCCUGCUGCAAGUGAAUCAGCUGCUGCUCCAUCACAAUGCUGUUACCCAGAUAAUCCACUUUUACAAGAGACUGAAUCUGCUAAUGCAAAAGCUGAAGACACUCAGCAAUCUGCCAGCACUGCAUGUGAGACUGACUCUUCCUCCCUCACACCUGAUAGAGAACUGGAUGAAACCUCAGCCAACGGCAGCAGUGCUCAGUCAAGUUCAGCCGUGUGCAUGAAAGAUAUGAAGAAGCCGAGCGGCUGUAAGAAACAGCCAAGCAGUGAUUCUGAACUAUCUGCUACUCCAGGCAGGCCCCUGGAUUUCAAAGGGAGAGAUAAAGAUGCGGCACAGCAACCCCAGGGGGAGAAAAUGUAUAAGCAGAAGCAGAAUUCCUUCUUAUACUCUCCAUCUUCCCCCAUGAGCAGUGAUGAUGAGUCCGAGUUAGAAGAUGAAGAUUUGAAAGUGGAACUUCAGAAGCUGCGAGAAAAGCACAUUCAGGAGGUGGUGACUCUUCAAGCCCAGCAAAACGGUGAACUGGAAGAGCUGUAUGCACGCUUGAAGUCUUUAAGGGAAAGCAAAGCACAGUCUUCAGAUACCUUUUCCCAGCCGUUAUCCCCUCGUCGCCCCAGGUCACUAAAGAGUAAAAUGCGCAGCAGACCCCAGUCCCUAACUCACAUGGACAAUGGGCUUUCAGACCACCAGGGCAGCGAAAGCAAUUCUGAUGCUUGCCAACAGUCCUUGUCAGAGAAGAAGAGCAUGUUCACAGAUGACUUUCAUAAGCUGGUAGAUGACUGGGCAAAGGAAAACGCUGUAUUGAAACCCAGUCUGAAUCAGAUCAAACAGACUCAGAGUCGCCUAGAGUCUGAUAACUGGGGUCGGACCUAUGAGAGUACAACAGCCACAUCCGGCUAUUCAUCCGCAUGGAUCCCUCCACUGUCUCAGAUUCAUGGCUCUUUGCCUGCUGCUGUCUCUCAGUCUCUUGUGCUCACCAACUUUACUGCUGGAGCAAUGCCAGCAUACUCCGUGCCACCAACCUGCCAAUUCACUGGAGUGAGUAGUAGUGGCUAUCCAGUACAAUGGUCUGCCCAAGCUCCGGUUGUCUCACCCCAGAAUCUCACAGCAUACCAGCCUGGCAUCGGAGUUCAAGCUUUUUCAACCUCAACAGCUCAGAAGGCAACUGUAAUCCCAACAUCUCCAAAAUGAUGUCAAUGACCUAAGACUUUUCUUUUCCCUUAGUACCUCUGACUAAAGGAAUUGCCCAUUGCAUACUUUUGUUUGCUUCUUUGUUUGGGAGGAGUUACUAGGGUGUACAGACUUUUCAUAAUGAUACCUUUUUCCAUGGGUUCAUCUAUCCCCCUUUAACAUGUUGAAACUGUGUAGGUUGUUUCAAUAUCUUCACCAAAUGCUAGUUAUGUUUACUUAACAAUAUGUUUAGCUUCUUUUUCUUAAUAGGGAUAAGAAGGAAACACCUCAUAAGGCAGUCAAAUGUGCCAUACAGGCCAAUGAAUGUGUUCCCACCCAAGCAGGCCUUUGGAAGAUAUGUGGGGCAGAUCUGUACUGUAUCUGACUGCAUUCCCAAAGUACCAUAAGCCUUUAUCACAACCAUAUUGCUCUGUUGCGGUGUAUCAUUGCUGAAAUGAACAGCAGGUCCGGACCGGCAAUCUGUGGAUUGUGGCAAAUGCCAGAGGGGCUGCUGUCAGAUCACUUUUUAUUGGGUUGGUGGGGGUUGUGUGUACUUAAAAUGUCAGCGCCUUUUUUUGAAUCCCAGUUCAGAUCUGAUGAGCAGUCGCCUCACAAAUCCUUAAAAUUGUUUUUUGUUUUUUUUUAUGGCAGUUAUACAUUUUUUUGGAUGGUAAAUCCCUGCAGUUAUUCUGCAUUUUUGUAGCAGAAAGUGAAACCUUGCUGCAGUCUGUCUUUAACACAAAACCUGAAAUGACGGUUUUACUUCUGUGAUGGACUGCUUUAUCUGUAUAUAAUAUCUCCUUUCAGUGGCUUAACCCUCCUAUAUAUGAUAUGAACUGAAGGAGGAUAAAUGCCCUUUCCGCCAUGUUUUUGGCCCUGCUCUGGAGCAGAUUACAAGCCCCAUUGCCUUUCCAGCUCUCCCUUGAUCUAUCCCCAUAAUUCUUUUAACAAAGGAGCCUUUUUUCAUCUUUGUCUUUUUGCACAAGUGCUGCUUCUGCUCUGCCCGCAGACUCUUGCUGUGCCUUUGGAGGGUAUUGUACGUUCUGCCAUUCUUGAAAUCGGCCAUUAGCAAAUUUGUAUGUCGGUGUGCUUACACCAUCUCUCAAACUGAGGAAUUUUUAUUGUUUAGCUCGUUGUAGAUAAGGUUUUAUACUUGAAUAUUCUGUGUGAUUUCUUUUUUUUGUUUUUAAACUUCUUUUUUCCUUUCUGACUUUGAAGGCUAUACAAGUAUGCACAAAGCAGGCAUAGUUGAAAUCAUUUCCCGUUAUAUUGCUUAAAAAAAUUCUUAUUGUUAUGUUAAAGGUCAUACAAGUGUCUAUAGGGAGUCAACAUACAGGUAAGGAAAGAAUAACCUUGCAUCAGGCCAAUACUCGUUUAAUU